CUCAUCUGCUACCGUGUCCAUUCUUCACUCUCUUUUUCUCUCCUCUCCACCCAAAAAAAAAUCUCAUCACAUUUUCCCUAGGAAAAAGCAUCUCCGGUCAGAAAAAAAUAUUAUUACAAAACUCAAAAACCAUGUCUGGAGGUGUUGGUCCAACUUACAACGAUACCGCCUUACCCAAAGAAGAACAUCACGCCACCGGAGAAACCUCAACAGGCGCCAGAUUCUUCUCGUUCGGACAGCUAAACAUCCUCGCAGUAAUCAUUGUCCUCUCCGCAAGCGGUCUCGUCACAAUAGAAGAUUUUAUAUUCACACUCCUCACGCUCAUCUACUUCUUCUUCCUCUCCAACCGAAUCUUCCCUCCACACAAGAAUCCAAACCGCGACGCUCCUCUCACAAGCCCCACAAACAAGAUAUUCCGUCUCUACGUAGCUUCUGCAGGGAUCGUCGGGCUUUUAAUCCCGAUCUGCUACAUAUUCGAAGGAUUCCUCGAGGACGAUAAAAGAGGUGUGAGCGCUGCGGCGCCACACGUGUUCCUCCUGGCGAGUCAGGUUUUUAUGGAGGGAAUAGCCGCCACGUGUGGCUUCUCUGCUCCCGCUCGGAUCCUCGUGCCGGUUGUUUACAACGCUAGGAGGAUCCUAACGCUUGUGGAGUGGAUUAUGAACGAGUUCUCAAGGGAAUCUCCUGAGUAUGGGACGGGGACGGUGUCUCAGCUGCGGUUGAACGCCGGGAAAGUUUUGGCCGCUGUGAAUUUUGGGAUUUGGUCGUUUAAUCUCUUUGGUGUUUUGAUUCCGGUUUAUCUACCCAGAGCGUUCAAGAGGUAUUACGGUUCCAGCAAGGAGAUUUGAUUCCGGUUUAGAUCAAUUUUAUCACAUGGCUGUCUGAUUCCGCCUUUUCUACUCGGAGCUUCAAAAGGGGUAAGGUAUUACAGUUCCAACAAGGAUAACUAGAGCCCGUUAAGUAUUUUUACAGCUUUUAUUGUCCUUUUGUUUAAUCAGUCCGGUUCUGUUAUUGUGGUCGGGAUGUGUUUCUUCCUUCUUUUACCGUAUAUUGAUGUUUUCCUUGAUUAAUCGGUUUAUUUAGUUAAUGUUGUUAUUGAAGUUUCAAGGUUGAACAUAAG